AUGUCCGGCACUUCAUCGCCGUCCUUGACGCCUUCUAUGCUUCCGUCGACCCCCAUGCCGGACAGCGCGCGGAGCUGGAUCGAGGAAGCGGACAAGCACACGUCGCCGACCCUGGCCAGGCAGUCGAGCAUGGGCAAGGCGGAGCGCCGCCGGCAUCGUAAAAAUAUGGUCAAGGUGCCGCGGAGGCCUCAUACUAGCACGGGAGCGACAGGGCACUCCAUCAUGCCGGACAUCGCAGUGAAUGGCAGACGCCUGCGUACGGUCAGCGACGACCCGCGCUUGCACUAUAUUUGCCACUCCACGUCCUCGCUCGAGGGGAUGGAGGCGCCUACGUCGCCCGUGCAGGAGGAGGACGCGCCGGUGUCGCCCGCCGCGGGUGUGCCUCAGACGCCCGUGACGCCCGUGGCGACGCAGCUGAGCCGCGUGAGCUCGCUGGACGCGAACGAUACGGACACGGAUGGCGAGCUGGGAGAGUCUAGGCUGUACCGAGUGUCCACCGCGCCGCACGCGUCGCCGGGCGGAGGGCGCGGCGGGAAGGGGGCCGACAGUGAGGCGCGCAAGGCGAGCGCGCAGAAACUUGCGCGGAUGGGGUUCGCGCCACAUGACCGGACGCCGCAGAACACGAAGCGGUUUGGCGGGCUGAAGUCGUGGGUGCAGUCGUUCAAGGGGAAGCCGGUCUGA